GUAGGGUCUGUGCGGAUGACGCAAUCGGAAUGCGCCGCUGCCAGGACCUCCGGCUCCCAGCCCGCUUCUUGGUGCGCGAGACAGGCGCCGGGAGCAGAGGCGUGGGUGCCCGUUGCCAUGGAGUCAGACGGCAAAGGGGCCUAUGUGCUGAGUAACCUGGCUGAGGUGGUGGAGCGGAUCCUGAGCUUCCUGCCCACCAAGGCAUUGCUGCGGGCGGCCUGUGUUUGCCGGUUAUGGAGAGAAUGUGCCCGUAGAUUACUGAGAACACAGCAGAGCAUUGCGUGGGUCUCUGCACUUGAGCCUGGUCCAUCUGAUAGUCAUUCACUGGUCCGUGCAUUAGCCGAAGAACUUGAGAAUGUGCAUGUGCUGCCACAAACAGUACUCUACAUAGCAGAUGCAGAGACUUUCAUUGGAUAUGAAGAGUGUCACAGACAAAAGAGGGCAAGGAAAAGAAAUAGUAAAGAAACAGCAAUUGCACUAGAAAAGCUGUUGCCAAAACGAUGCCAAGUUCUGGGACUGGUCGCUCCUGGAAUUGUAGUUACUCCAAUGGGCUCAAGCAGCAAUCGACCUAAAGAAAUCGAAGACGGUGAAGCUGGCUUUGCUUUAUUGUUCCCUAAAAUUGAUGGUGUGAAAAUCCAUACCUUCCACUUUUGUAAAGUCUUUGAUGAAAGCAAAUUGACUGAAUCAGGUCUUAAAAAUAAUCCAGAGCUCCGUGUGGUUCUUCUAUUUGUCUACAAUUCCUGGAAGCCGGGAGCUAAUCGGUUUCUUAAUCAGAUAAUCAAUCCUUUAAAUGAAAAAAGUAUCAUCUUGGCUGGGGGGUAUGUGGAGAGCUUGACGUCACUGACCUCUGAGAAUAACACUGAGGCUGGCGAUUCCUAUGGUGUGGUUGGAUUGGCUUUCAGUGGACCCCAGCUACAGAGUGCUACAGUUUUGUUAGACCAGGAUGUAAUUGAUGAACGGACUGUAGAAGCAGCAAUGCAGCGUCUCAAAGCAGCAAACAUUCCUGAGCACAACACCAUUGGGUUCAUGUUUGCGUGUGUUGGCAGAGGAUACCAGUAUUAUAAAACCAAAAGGAAUCUUGAAGCAGAUGCAUUUAGGAAGUUUUUCCCUAAUGUUCCCCUGUUUGGCUUUUUUGGACAUGGAGAAAUAGGAUGUGAUCGAAUAGUCACUGGGAAUUUCAUACUGAGAGAAUGCAAUGACAUAAAGGAUGAUCUACUCCAUGGUUAUACUACAGUUAUGACUCUUAUUCAUCUUGGUUCAACUAAAGCAAACCAAGUUUAAACAUGUUUUUUAAAUACACCAGCUGAGCUACUUGGUUGUUUCCAUUCCAGAAAACUGAAAAAUCUGGAAUACAUACAUACUAUAAAAGCACCUUCCAAAAUCUAAAGUAAUCACUUUUGUAAUGUUAUAAAAUCAUGUAGUCAGGAUAGUGUUUAAUGCAGUAGGUAUGGGGAAGCUUUGCAUUUUGUGUAAUACUGUGCAAAAGUCAGAACUGCAGGUAAAUGUACAUGUGUUCAAAUUUUACAAUAGAAGGAAGCUUCUUUCUUUCUUU